UAACUUUUUUCUUGUCAAGAAUUUGUUUGUCACAUUGGGAUUGUGGGUGGAGGAAACAGGCUUGUAUUCGUCAUGUCGUCAACGGAAGCCGUUGAGAAUCUGUUGUUGAAGACCUUCCCAAAAGAAAUCCCAGUCUCGUCCUAUCUUUUGUACAUGUUUUUGGCAACGCCACUACUUUUGUUGGAUGUCUACUUGUAUCUUGCAGUAUUUCACUUGAACGUAGUUAGCGCAAGUGUUUCCUUUAUUAUCGGUACCGUCAUCGGCUUAUUGCUUAUGGUUGUGUCUUAUCAUAAAACGGCUUAUGCCAAGUGGUCGAAACUGGAUCGAACGACAGAGCCUCCAACUAAGAGCUCUUUCAAGGCAAAAACCUCGGCAUACCAGAGCGCAGUUGAAAAUCAUUUACGUCUCUUGGAAAGAACUGCAAUCAGUUACAGUGUAAUGGUAAACAACGCAAUAUUUCAAGCUUUUCUUAUGGUCAUCGGAUUCUAUCUUUUGAAGGAUAAGGUUCCGGACGAGCUCAACUUCGUUGUAACGGUCACAUUGUCCGCAGUUUUUGUAAGGUUGAACUCAGAAACUGCUUUCAAAGGUGUCCAUUCGUGAGCAUUCCGUUGGUUCUUCAAGCUUUUUGUUUUGAAAGUAAAGAAGACCCGAAAGGAGGUUGCCGAAAACCCUUUUAGCUUC